AUGUCGGGCAAUGUUGGGAUGGAACAGCUUAUCCCAUUGGUUAACCGGCUGCAAGAUGCAUUUUCCUCAUUAGGAGUCCCACUUAAUUUGGAUCUGCCUCAGAUCGCUGUAGUCGGAAGCCAAAGCGCAGGAAAAAGCAGUGUUUUGGAAAAUUUCGUCGGUCGAGACUUUCUCCCUCGUGGAAGUGGGAUUGUCACACGCCGACCUUUGGUCUUGCAACUAAUCAAUUCGCGCAACGAAUAUGCUGAAUUCCUACACUGUAAAAACAAGCAGUUUACAGACUUUGAUGAGGUUCGUAAGGAAAUAGAAGCGGAGACAGACAGGCUAACUGGAAGUAACAAAGGAAUUUCCAACACCCCUAUUAAUCUUCGUGUUUACUCUCCCAAUGUUCUCAACUUAACUCUGAUUGACUUGCCUGGAAUGACUAAAGUUCCUGUCGGUGAUCAACCUCUAGAUAUUGAAGUUCAAAUUAGAUCAAUGAUUUUGGAAUUUAUUACGCAGGAAAAUUGUUUAAUUUUGGCUGUUUCCCCCGCGAAUUCCGAUUUAGCUAAUUCAGAUGCAUUAAAGUUGUCCAAAGAAGUAGACCCUCAAGGUUUGCGAACAAUAGGAGUAGUAACAAAGUUGGAUUUAAUGGAUCAGGGUACGGAUGCUCGAGAAAUCUUGGAAAACCGUCUUCUGCCACUUAGAAGAGGAUAUAUCGGUGUGGUUAAUCGUAGUCAGCGGGAUAUUGAAGGUCGUAAAGAUAUUAAAGCUGCUUUAGCAGCUGAAAGAAAAUUCUUUCUAAGUCAUCCAUCUUAUCGUCAUAUGGCUGAUCGAAUGGGAACACCAUUUUUGCAAUCUACAUUAAAUCAACAAUUAACUAAUCAUAUUCGAGAUACUUUGCCUGGUCUAAGAAAUAAACUCCAAUCACAAAUGCUAGCUAUGGAAAAAGAAGUUGAAGAAUAUAAACAUUACAAACCUAGUGAUCCAUCUUUUAAAACUAAAGCUUUGCUCCUAACAGUACAAAGUUUUGAAAAAGAUUUUCAUCAUGCAAUUGAUGGAGGAGGUUCUGAAAUAGAUACAAAAACGUUAUCUGGUGGCGCAUUAAUUAAUCGUAUAUUCCAUGAGCGUCUACCAUAUGAAAUGAACAAGAUCGAAACUGAUGAAGAAGAAUUACGGAAAGAAAUAAGUUACGCCAUUCGUAAUAUACAUGGUAUUAGAACUGGAUUAUUCACACCUGAUUUAGCUUUCGAAACUAUAACUCGUAAACAAAUUGAUAAAAUGAAAAUACCGUCAUUGAAAUGUGCUGAUUUAGUUGUGGCUCAAUUGACUGAAAUUGUACACGCAUGUACUGCACGUAUGGAGAAUUUUCCACGUUUAAGGGAAGAAACAGAGCGUAUUGUGAAUCAAUGGAUUCGUGAAAGAGAAAUUCGUGCCAGAGAUCAAAUUGUACUGUUAGUUGACAUACAGUUAUCCUAUAUGAAUACCAAUCAUGAAGAUUUUAUUGGUUUUGAAAGUGCAGAACAACAGUCGUCAGAAGUAGCAAAAAAUAAACCUGGAAAUAAGGUAAUUCGUAAAGGUUGGUUAUCUUUGCAAAAUGUUACUUUGCUUCGUGGAGGUAACAAAGAUUUUUGGUUUGUAUUGAAUACUGAAUCAUUGACCUGGUACAAAGAUGAUGAGGAGAAAGAAAAGCGUUAUGUCCUAUUAUUGGAUGGUUUAAAAAUACGCGAUAUUGAAACGGGAUUUUUCGGUAAAAAGCAUGCUUUUGCACUAUUUUAUCCGGAUAAUCAUAAUGUCUACAAAGACUAUAAACAAUUGGAAUUGUGUGCUGAAUCAGCUGAAUUAGUUGAUUCAUGGAAGGCAUCAUUUUUGCGUGCUGGUGUUUAUCCAGCUAAAACUAAAUCGGAAAAAACGGAGCAAUCUGACACUUCAUCACUUGAAUCCAGUGAGCCUCAGCUGGAACGUCAAGUAGAAAUUAUACGAAAUCUAGUCGAUUCAUACAUGAAAAUUGUGAUUAAAACGCAGUUAGAUUUGGUACCAAAAUUGUUAAUGCAUAUGCUUGUUAAUGAGAUUAAAUCCUUCUUAAAAGGUGAACUAUUACCAAAUUUAUAUCAAGCUGGUGACUUGAAUUCCUUAAUGUCUGAAUCAUUGGGGGUUCAACAAAAACGCGAUGAAAUGGUCCGCGUUUAUGAUGCUAUGAAAGAAGCGUUGAAUAUUAUAAGUGAAGUGUCUAUGUCCACUGUAUCAACACCAAUUCCACCGCCAGUCAAUGAUGACUGGUUACAGAGUGAUAUUCCAGGCGGUUUAACUGCUCCGGGAUCUACAGGUACACUUCCUCCUCCUAGUCCAACAGCUAAUCGUCGUCCACCAGCACCACCUCCUCCUGGUGGAUGGAAUUCUACAAGUAAUACGGGUUCAAUCAAAGGCUCUGGUCCCAGACAAGUACCAUCAGUUCCUGCUAAAACAAGUUCUGGACAACUACCUUCUCCAUUGAUUCCGCAACGGUUAUAUCCAGCUGACAUGUUCUCGAUCGUGAAAGAUUCCAAUUCUCCUGGAUUAAUUAAUUCUAUGACAAGUUUUCCACUAGUACCACCAUCCAUUCCUGCGCGUCGUUGA